AUGAAGGGUUUCCCUGGUACAGCUUACGAAGCCGGUCUCUGGCACCUCGACAUCCUCAUCCCGCCCUCCUACCCGCUCGCCCCGCCCAAGAUCACCUUCACAACGCCCAUCUGCCACCCAAACGUGGAUUUCAAAACCGGCGAAAUCUGCCUCGACCUCUUGAAAACGUCGUGGUCACCUGCGUACACGCUCACAUCUACAUUGGAGGCUGUACACCAGUUGCUUGCGUAUCCGGAGGUGGAUAGUCCGUUCAAUGUGGAUAUAGCGACGCUGUUGAAGGGUGGGGAUAAGAUUGGCGGGGAGAGUUUGGUCCGAUUUUGGUGUGGGGAGAGGAGGUGGGGUGGCGGUUAA